AUGCCCUCCGAUGCUCCCGGCCCGCCGCACAAGGGAUGCCAGUUGUGCGGGGACUCCCGGCGGAGAACAUACUUGUGCGCCCAGGACUUUAGUAAGUAUCUGGAGGGGAGGCGAGAAGAGCUUUCGCAGCUGCAGAACGACUAUAGAUCCCAGCUACAUCACUUGGCGGAGGCUUGCCAUGGCAAGGCCCAGGCCCAGGCACAUGCCUUGCGGCUCCAACAAGUGGCGGAGGAGGGGGCUCGUAUCAAGAUCGCCCAGGCCAGGGCAGCCCAUGCCCUGGCGCAAGCUCGUGCUAGGCAAAAGGCGCUGCUGGUGGAAUCCAGGAGGAGGGCACGUGCUCUGCACGACGCUCAGAAGAAGCUCGCUGCAAGCCAGGCCCAGCUGCAGCGGGAUGCCCAGCUCUCGACGGGCGUCCACGCCCAGUCCGGCCUCCUCCAGAUGGACGGCCUGAUCCUGGAGCUCCAGCGACGGAUCAUCCAGCGGCUGUUGGACGUGUUCCCCCUCCAGAUCCUGGAGCCCAGCGCCACCGCCCCCGCCGGCACUGUGGACAAGCACCCCACACUGGUGUUCAUCGCCACGCUGCCCCUGCCGGACCCCGGCGACGACCCCGAGGUCCUGCUCCCCACCAGUCCGGUGAGAGGCGGUGGCCGGAAGGGGAUGAACAGCUGCAGGCUGAUCAUUGCAGCGGAAGAGAAGGGAUGGGAGGGAAGCGAAGGACCACGGGCGGGGCAGGCUGUCCAUCCAUCCUUGCUGUGUUUACAUGAGGGGCAGCACACAACGCUGGCUCGGCACAUGUUCCAUGAAGAGUUUUGUCAUAUGCAGUAUGCUUAUGUGACAUAG